GAUACGGGACGCAACCGAUAAUCUAUUAAAAAAAAUAAAGAAAUAUUAAUGGUGGUGUAAUAAGGGAACCGGAAUCCCUAGAAACCCAGAGAAGAGAGUUUCGGACAGAGUUGAGUGUUUUGCAUCUAUCAACACACACAAUAAGACAGCAGCAAAGGGUGAAGUGAAGAUGAAGCAGUUACUGACAAAGUCCCUAUCGGUUUGUUCUUUGCCAACCACUCUUCAACAACUUGCUUCCCAUCAACCCAAAGGUGUUGCAAAGGUUGUACUAAAGAAAGGGAAGACACAACUCUUUAAAGAUGGCAACCCAAUGGUAUACAGUGGAGCCGUUGAUAGAAUUAUUGGUAGGCCGCCUCCUAAGACUGGCGAUAUUGUUUUGGUAUCAGAUGGGACUGAGAAACCAAUAGGGUGGGGCUUGUACAACUCGGUUUCUAUGUUCUGUGUUCGGCUCAUGCAGCUUGAAGACGAAGCAACCAGUGAUUCAGCAUGUGUAUUAAACAUGGAGAAACUGCUUGAAACAAGAAUUGACUCUGCUGUUGAAUUGCGUAGAAGGUUGGGUCUUCCUUCUGUCCAUACGAAUGUGUAUCGUCUAAUCAAUAGUGAGGGUGAUAGAUUAUCAGGAUUGAUAGUUGAUGUAUUUGGAGAUGUAGCUGUAGUAGCAUCAUCUGCUGCUUGGGUUGAGAAGUACAAAUCAGAGAUAGAGGCAUGUAUCCGGAAAAUCAAUUAUAUCAAUCAUAUAAAUUGGAGACCGUCUAUUGAUAUUUUAAAGGAAGAUGGAGUUAAUGUGUCUGAUUCAAAAGAAUUGCUUUCAUCUACUUGUCCUGAAAGAACAAAGAUUAUGGAAAAUGGAAUUGUGUACACGAUUUCACUGAAAGGACAGAAGACAGGAUUCUACGCAGAUCAGCGCGAGAAUCGUCAGUUCAUAUCGGGAAUUUCAGAUGGCCGAAAGGUUCUUGAUCUUUGUUGCUAUAGUGGUGGUUUUUCUCUAAAUGCAGUGCGUGGAGGUGCUCUAAAUGUCACUGGUGUUGACUCAUCGCUGCCAGCUCUGGAGCUUGCUAAAGAAAAUGUUGUACUUAACAACAUUGAUCCUGGAAGAAUAUCCUUUUUGAAAGAAGAUGCAACUGAAUUCAUGAAGGGUGCUCUUAUGAGAAAUGAAUCUUGGGAUAUUGUCAUCAUUGAUCCUCCUAAACUGGCUCCUUCAAAAAAGGUUCUACAUGGUGCGUCUGGUAUGUACAGAAAUUUGAAUUCAUUGGCCAUGCAACUUACAAAAAGAGGUGGUCUUCUGAUGACCUGUUCCUGUUCUGGAGCUGUGACCCAGAGUGGAAUUUUCCCGCGUAUCCUACAGAGUGCAGCAUCUAUGGCAAAGAGAAAAAUCACUGUUCUAAGAGAUGCUGGAGCUGCCUGUGAUCAUCCUAUUGAUCCAUCGUACCCAGAAGGCGCAUACCUAACCAACAUUCUAUUGAGAGUUUCAUGAGUGUUGUUUGUACUGUUAGGUUCAUUCAUUUAAUUUCUUCAAUGUAAUUCUAUAUUUUGAUGCAAUGUUGCGGAAUUUCUUUUUCAGUCACUUAGAAGAAAAUCUGCUUACUCAAAUCAGUUGAAAGAAGAAAUAGGAUUAGGUUUUAUUUAUUUAAUUAUUGAUUGUCAAACUGAAUUAAUUCAUUCUUGAAGCCAAAGUCAUGAUCCCUUGCCAACUGCCAAAUGAUGAAACACAUCUGACAUGAAGUUGGGAUGUAUUGUAAUAUUAAUGAAUCUUUCACAAA